ACAGUUUCUGUGAAAAUAGUGAUAUCACUGCAAUUGAAUGUAGAGAUGUCCUUACUAAAACACCACAUGAUCAAGCCGGGGAUAAGGAUGUCGUCUGUGACAUGGAGUAUGGCGGACUGAUGUGCAUCAAUGCUAUCCAAGAAGAUGGAAAUGUUUGUAACGACUAUGAAGUGAGGGUUCUUUGUGAGCCGAUUGGAUGUAAAGCAACUACAGUCGUAGCCCCUCCCUCUAGUACUCCACGUGUAUCAACCAGUGGUCCAACAACUGUGGUGACUACUCCAAGUCCAUUCCCAACGACAACUGCUCCCGAGUGUUUCUACAAUGGCGCCUUUUACCCACCUGGUACCAUCGAGGAAGGACCAUGUCACAAGGUUGUUUGUACAGAUGAUGGUGAGAUCAUAUCCGGGGAAUACUAUGACAGACCUGGAUGUGGUGAAAAAUUUUCUACUACACCUGAGACAACUGUACCACCGACUACCGUUCCAUUGGGUUGCUUUUAUAAUGACCAAUUCUACGCACCAGGAACAACAAUUGAGGAGAGUGUUUGUCAUAUAGUCAUUUGUAAUGAAAAUGGAUUUAUAAUCCGUGGAGAUUAUUUCAACAAACCAGAGUGUGAAGGAAUUACAACUCCACCUCACCCUCCAUCAACAACAGGACCCACCAUUCCUGAAGGAGGCUCGACACCUGGUGUGACAGGAGAACCAGAAGUUUCAACACCUGGUGUGACAGGCGAACCAGGAGUUUCA